GUACUGAGGAGAAACUUGGUUCCCAUUCAAUAGAAUUUUAGGUGGGCGAUGACUUUCAUCGUUAGAUGAGGAACUGAGUCACAGUUAGCUGUAGUUGGCAAUCGAGGCGUAGACAUGUGUGGAAUUUUUGCCUAUCUGAACUACCAUGUGCCACGGACUCGCCGGGAGAUCCUGGAGAUCCUCCUCAAAGGCCUGCUCCGUCUGGAGUACCGUGGCUACGACUCUGCCGGUGUUGGUAUUGAUGGCGGGAACGGCAAGGAAUGGGAGGCCAAUGCCCGGUCUAUUCAGCUGAUCAAGCAGAGCGGAAAAGUGAAGGCUCUUGACGAUGAGAUCACCAAGCAGCAGGACAUGGACAUGGAUGUGGAAUUUGAUGUCCACCUUGGCAUUGCCCACACUCGCUGGGCUACCCAUGGUGCCCCCAGCCCUGUCAACAGCCACCCACAAAGGUCUGACAAGAGCAACGAGUUCAUUGUCAUUCAUAACGGAAUUAUCACAAACUACAAAGACCUGCGGAAAUUCCUGGAGAGCAAGGGUUAUGAGUUUGAGUCCGAGACAGACACAGAGACCAUUGCCAAGCUGGUGAAGUACAUGUAUGACAACCGUGAGAGUGAAGACCUCAGCUUUGCUACUCUGGUGGAGAGAGUGACCCAGCAACUAGAGGGAGCUUUUGUCCUAGUCUUCAAGAGUGUCCAUUACCCUGGGGAGGCAGUAGGCACUCGGAGGGGAGGUCCUCUGCUUAUUGGGGUGAAAAGUGACCACAAGCUGUCCACAGAUCACAUUCCUAUCCUGUAUCGAUCAUCCGGUAAAGACAAGAAGGGCUGCCCCACCCUGCCCAGGAUGGAGCAGGACACCUGCCACACACUCUUCGCUGAGGACAAGAAGUCUGUGGAGUACUACUUUGCCUCUGAUGCCAGCGCGGUGAUUGAGCACACCAACCGGGUGAUCUUCCUGGAGGAUGAUGACGUGGCAGCGGUGACGAAUGGACGACUCACCAUCCACCGCAUCAAGCGUACAGCCGGAGACCACCCUGCCCGCGCCAUCCAGACCCUGCAGAUGGAGCUGCAGCAGAUCAUGAAGGGUAACUACAGCUCCUUUAUGCAGAAGGAGAUCUUUGAACAGCCAGAGUCUGUGGUUAACACAAUGAGAGGAAGGGUCAACUUUGAUGACAACACGGUAAUCCUGGGUGGACUGAAGGAUCAUAUUAAAGAGAUCCAAAGGUGUCGACGGCUCAUCCUAAUCGCCUGUGGCACCAGUUACCAUGCUGGGGUGGCGACUCGCCAGGUACUGGAGGAGCUGACUGAGCUGCCUGUUAUGGUGGAGCUGGCCAGCGACUUCCUGGAUAGAAACACACCAGUGUUCCGUGACGAUGUCUGCUUCUUCAUCAGCCAAUCAGGUGAGACAGCAGACAGCCUGAUGGCCCUGCACUACUGUAAGGAGAGAGGAGCCCUAACGGUGGGCGUCACCAACACAGUGGGCAGCUCCAUCUCCAGAGAGACCGACUGUGGGGUGCACAUCAACGCUGGGCCAGAGAUAGGAGUGGCCAGCACCAAGGCCUACACCAGUCAGUUUGUGGCUCUGAUCAUGUUUGCGCUGUUGAUGUGUGAUGACAGGAUCUCCAUGCAGCCACGGCGACGUGAGAUUAUCCAGGGACUGAGAGUUCUGCCAGACCUGAUCAAGGAAGUGCUGAGUCUGGAUGAUGAGAUCCAGAGACUGGCCACAGAGCUGUACCAGCAGAAGAGUGUUCUCAUCAUGGGCCGAGGCUACCACUAUGCCACCUGCUUGGAGGGAGCACUGAAAAUCAAGGAGAUCACGUACAUGCACUCAGAGGGCAUCCUGGCUGGGGAGCUGAAGCACGGCCCUCUGGCCCUGGUCGACAAACUCAUGCCCGUCAUCAUGAUCAUCAUGCGAGACCACACCUACACCAAGUGUCAGAACGCACUGCAGCAGGUGGUGGCCCGCUCGGGCCGACCCAUCGUGAUCUGUGACAAAGAUGAUUAUGAGACUGCCAAAAGUUCGAGCCGCACCAUCAAAGUGCCGCACUGUGUGGACUGUCUGCAGGGCGUUCUGAGUGUCAUCCCCCUGCAGCUGCUCUCCUUCCACCUGGCUGUGCUCAGGGGCUUUGACGUGGAUUUCCCAAGGAACCUGGCCAAAUCUGUGACGGUAGAGUGAAACAUGCCAUUUGAAGCCCCAAAAACCCAUUUCACUUCACAUACAUACAUGCAUACAUACACAUACAUACAUACAUACAUACAUACAUACAUACACACACACACACACACACACACACACACUACGCAGGAACAGCUGUCACAUGGAUACCAAGAGGAGCAGAGAGAGCACACUUUCCUGUUUUAUGUCUUGUCAUAUUUUUAUGCAAUUGUUACUCUUGUACUCUAAACAUUCUGUAUCUCUGUCACUUCUCUCAAAACACAUUUGAAGGCAUUGUUAUGAAUUGUAUUGUUUUUUUGUCAAGUGUGGUAAGGUAAGGGUUGGUAGUAAUGUUGGCAUUUAGGAGCUCACGUCGGUUACUGGAGUGCAUGCAGUUAAUGAUCCAACUAAAGGAAAGAUGGAAAAAAUAUCUAUUUUGGAUGAUGCUGAACAGUGCUCAAAACUGAAAUGUGCACAUCUUUUCAAUGUUUACUACUUGCAGCUGUUUUUUCAGUUAAUUCAGCUGUUUGUUGGCUGAAGUCAAGAGUCUAUAGGAAAGUCUUACUGAAGUUUCUGGUUCUUUUGGUGUUUCAUUGUUGCAAUGAUUUUGUCUAUUGAGAUCAGUUUUCUUUGGCAGCUAGAACAUCUAUAACCGUCAUUUGAAAUGUUUCUGUUACUUUUGUGUAUGUUGAGUGAAGUCUUAAAUCAUUCCGAGUCAUAUUGUAGUCCCGACUCUAAAUCUGAAGUGCUUCCAGGAAGAAAGUCUGUUAAGAAAGUCUGUGCCAGAGGUUGUUAAGUCAUGCUUUAGCCUACUGACCUGUGCCAGAGGUUAAGUCAUGCUUUAGCCUACUGACCUGUGCCAGAGGUUAAGUCAUGCUUUAGCCUACUGACCUGUGCCAGAGGUUGAGAACUCCCCCGUUGUUUUCCUCGGAAGGCCAUAAUGACAAAUGAUUUUUGACUUGUAACUUGUAAAAGUUUUUGAAUGUUUUAUAGUACAACAAGAAACUUGUAACAUGCUUGCUUGUGUAUACUAUUGUGUAACUUUUUUUUAGUCAUUGGCUAGGUUACAAAAGCAACUUGCAGUGAUGCACUCCUUGUGGUUUGGCAGACCUCCUAUAGGAGAGUUAACAAACUCUCGCCUAAACCAUGUGGAGCAUCUGAAUGAUUGACUGUCCUGGCAUAAUAAUCAUGCUUUUAAAAUUCUAACAGCUACUGUGUCUGAGUGACAUGAUUUGAAUAAUUUAUCCAAUCAUUUGAAAGAUGGCACAAUACAAUGUUAGACAUCUACAAUGAAGACUAGUGAAAUAAUGAAAUAAUCACUUAUCUCUCUAAGCCUAUGUUACUGUCAUUUUGACUUGGUGGAAGUGUAGCAAUAUUCAAAACUCUUCAAUUUCACUGGUCUUGUUGACCUAUUUUCUGCCUUGUUGCUGAGGAGGCUCAAUGUGGAUCUCUGGUCUACCAUAUAACUCUAAAUAGAAUAAAAAGUACCAAGUGAAAUGAAGUUGCUGCUCAGUGCUAUUUGCACCAACAUUUUGCCUACCCCAUGCCCUGCCACCAUACCAAUUUUAAUUGCAAUAUUGGGACCAUUUUUUUUUCUAUCUUUCUAUUAAUUUGUACGUGUCUCAUUUUGUUUAUUUGGUAGAAAGCUUCUUUUUAAUCUGAAUGUGACAUUCAAGAUGUCCCCUGUACCCAAAAAAGGUCACUAUUUUACAAUCGCUUAUGCAGUCAAAAACCAAAAAACCUUUUCUAUGUUAAACUUUGAUUAACCAAAGGUAUGGUUUUAGAGAUUAUGUUCGUAGGGGUUUGUGUGUACUGUAAGUGGUCUGUCCAGAAGAGGCCUACAGGGAAAUACAGCAAGCUUGUUAAAAUAUGUAGCUGCUAUUGUAGAUGGAACUCAACAUGUCAGCUGUGUGCUCUCUCAAAUGUCUAAUAAAUUAGUCUUUUUAUAAACCAAGGUUGAAGCAAAGCAGAUACACUGGUUUGCAUGUAAAAUCACAGAGAAGAAAAAAUACUUUCUAAAUAAUGGGCCAUUCUAGUUAUUUUUUUUCACUUUUCAGUUUAAGAUCUUUGUCUUGCUGUUGCAAUCAAGCCUUAAAAUUUGAGUUUUUAGGCAAAUCACCUGAAAAGUGGUCUCUAUUCAGCCUGCAUCUGUUUCUUCUUAAUUGUAUUGCAUUUACUGAGCCAGUGUGUACUGUAUGCGCCCACGUUGACUAAGGACCCUAGCAAAGACCCAGUUUUAAACUGGACAUGGUACUAUUAGAAGUGAUUUAGUAACCCAUGAACCGCUUUAGGGUCUUUCUAUAAAUAACAGGGCCAACGUGUGACAUUGGGAUCAAAAUUUCUAAAUGGUUUGAAAUAAAGGCUUUUCAUGCAGUUCCACAUGUGUACUUAAAGGAAUAAAAGUGAAUAUAUGCAAAUUGACUCCACUCCUAUACAACAUGGGCCUAGGACUAUACAUCUAUUAAGCAAGGUUCAUACAGAUAUUGGCAUGUCGAAUUCAGGACUUUCAGGGACUUUUUCAAGCACUUAAUUGUAAUUUUCAAAGACCUUUGUUAUACAAAUGUAUAAUUUAUAUAGUGCCUUCAGAAAGUAUUCAAACCCCUUGACUUUUUCCACAUUUUGUGUUACAGCCUGAAUUACAAAAUGGAUUAAAUAUAUUUAUUUCUCACCCAACUGUACAUACACACACUACUCCAUAAUGACAAAUUGAAAAUUAAAUACAGAAAUAUCUCAUUUCCAUAAGUAUUCACACCACGUCAUUACGUUGUAGAAGCACCUUUGGCAGCGAUUUACAGCUGUGAGUUUUCCAUACCCAGAUUGUACAUUUUCCAAUUCUUUAAGCGCUGUGAAAUGUUUUUGAUCAUUGCUAGACAACCAUUUUCAGGUCUUGUCAGAUUUUCAAGUAGAUUUAAGUCUAACUGUAACUUGGCCACUCGGGAACAUUCACUAUCUUCUUGGUUAGCAACUCCCGUGUAGAUUUGGCCUUGAGUUUUUAGGUUCUUGUCCUGCUGAAAGGUGAAUUAAUCUCCCAGUGUCUGGUGAAAAGCAGACAACCAGAUUUUCCUCUAGGAUUUGACCUGUAGUACUUAGCUCCAUUCCACUUAUUUUUUUUAUCCUGAAAAACUCCCCAGUCCUUAACAAAUACCCAUAACCUGAUGCAGCCACCACUAUGCUUGAAAAUAAUGAGUGGUACUCUAUUCAGGACAAAAAGUUAAUUGCUUUGCUAAAUAUGUUGCAGUAUUACUCUAGUGCCUUGUUGCAAACAUGAUGCAUGUUUUAGAAUAUUGUUAUUAUGUAUAGGCGUUCUUCUUUUAACUAUCAAUUGUGGAAUAACUACUGUUGUUGAUCCAUCCUCCUUUUUCUACCAUCAGUCAUAACUGAUAUAAAAUCAAGUGUUUUAUCAUUGCAAUGCCUCACGGUGAAAAGACUGAGCGGUGUCCUUCUCUGGCAACUGCGGUAGGAAACACUCCUUUAUCUUUCUAGUGACUGGGUCUAUUGAUACACCAUCCAAAGUGUUAUUAAUAACUCAAAGGGAUAUUCAGUGUCUGCUUUUAUUUUAUUUGUUUACCCAUCUACCAACAGGUGCCCUUCUUUGUGAGGCAUUGGAAAACCUCCCAGGUCUUUGUGGUUGAAUCAGUGUUUGAAAUGCACUGCUUGACUGGGGGACCAUAAUUGUGUGUGUGUGUGGUACAGAGAUUAGGUAGUCAUUCAAAAAUUGUUAAACACUUAUAGUCCAUGCAACUUAUGACUUGUUAAGCAAAUGUUUACUCCUAAACUGAUUUUAAGCUUGCCAUAACGAAGGGGUUGAGUACUUGACUCAAGCCAUUUCAGCUUUAGAUUUGUAAACAUUUCUAAAAACAAUUCCACUUUGACAUUGUUGUAUUGUGUGUAGGCCAGUAACCAAAAAUAUAUAUAUAUACAUUGAAUCCAUUUAAAGUUCAGGUUGUAACACAACAAAAUGUGGAAAAAGUCAAGUGUGAAUAAUUUCUGAAAGCACUGUAAUUGUACAUAUAGAACACCCCCCCAAUGAAACAAUUUGCAGAUAAUUAUCACUGACUUAUUAACAGCUGUAACAAGUUGUCCACUGUAGGAAAUCCUCAGUGGUAUCCUACUUAAGAGUUUCCCAAACUCGGUCCUGGGCACCCCCUGAGUACACGUUUGUUUUUUUGCCCUAGCACUAUACAGCUGGUUCUUAUAGUCAAAGCUUGAUGAUGAGUUGGUUAUUUAAAUCCGCUGUGUAGUGCUAGGACAAAAACGUGCCCCCGGUGGGACCUCAGGACCUAGUUUUGGAACCCUGCCUUAGUUUAUAGAAAGACCCAUUAACAUCCAGGUCCUGCAACAUAUGUUGGAAACUAUUGUGUUGUUGUAGGUGUGGGGUGCUUUAUGAUCUGAUUUACUAGAACUGAUGUUAUAUUAAAGUAUUUCUCUUUCA